AUGAACCCUUCGAACCCGAGCGCGGGCAAGUCCCUUCAGAUCCAGUCAAGCUAUCCAGUGCCCGUCCAGCCGGCACCGGCACCACCGAGCUUCGAAGCCUCUCGUCGUGCGAAUCCAACAGUCGGAGCCUCGUCGCCCCAGCCCACGCCCCGAAAGGGACAGAGCUCUCGCAGACAGCAUCGGACGCAGCGUCGGCCCAGCAUGGGACACAGGCCCGUUGAUGAGUAUGACGCCAUGGCCGAGAUCAGGGCGCUCAGAAACCCGACGAGUCGGCGCGGACAGACUUCUAUCACGCAUCUGCUGAAUUACUCAGCGCCACUGCACCACCAAGAUCUCGGUCACCACCACCACUCCAACCCCAGGUCGUACCGGCGGAAUCCGACCUGGGGCCCGGGCUCGGGAUACCAUGCGGUCGAUAAAUCCAGAUAUGUUCACGCCAACUAUCGCUUCGUCGUCUCUCCCAAGGGAGACUACUCUAAGCAUGCCGCGGAUGCCGACCUCUUCUUGGACUGGUCCAAUGUCCUGCAGGUCAUUGCUUCAUCAGAAUCACAGGCAUCGUCGUGCCCCAUUUGCCUGUCGGAGCCCGUUGCCCCCCGAAUGGCAAAGUGCGGACACAUCUUUUGUCUUACAUGCUUGCUUCGCUUCAUGAACUCGGUACUGAGCGAGGAUGAAGCGAAGCCGGGCAAGGCCGCCAAAUGGAGGAAGUGUCCCAUCUGCGAAGACAGCAUCUACCUUCCCGACGUGCGGCCAGUGCGGUUCUACGCUGGUCAAGAGAGCCCGCUCCCCCGAGUUGGGGAUGACGUUGUCCUAAGGCUGAUGGCGAGAAACGCAGACUCUACUCUUGCGCUACCACGAGCAAGCGGAGCAGAAGUUCUCAAUUCAGAGGAUGGCAUUCCAUGGCACUUUGCCGCCAAUGUUUUGGAUUACGCCCGUGUCAUGAAAGGAACGGGACAGUACAUGGCCGCCCAAUAUGAUGAAGAAAUUGAGACAAUGCUACAGCAAGCCAUGGAAGAUGAAGUCCUGUUCGGACAGGAUGGCGAGUGGACUCAAAAGGCUGUCAAGGCUGUCAACGCCGCCAAAGAGAAGGUUGUUACCCUUGGUGGUGCCGAUGAAGCAAGUGCAAGCUCACUGCCUGGCUCGGCGAAGCAGUCGUCCGAGCCCGACUUUUACUUUUAUAGCGCUCUACCUCACUUGUAUCUUUCGCCUUUAGACAUUCGGAUUCUGAAAACCAAAUACGGUUCCUUCUCGGCUUUUCCCUCCACGCUGCUACCAAGAGUCGAGCACAUUUCCACGGGUCAUGUCGUCGAUGACGCAUUACGGAAACGGGCAAAAUACCUAGGUCAUCUUCCUUAUGGCUGUGUCAUUAGCUUUCUAGAGUGUGACUGGACAGACAUUGUCCCUGCUGAGACGCUCGAGUCGUUUGCUUCAGACAUUGAGCGGAGACGCAAUCGAAAUCGCGAAAAGGCUGCACAGGAAGAGCGGGAACGCCUUCAAUCUGAGAGGCUGGAAGCGGCUGCUCUCCGAAACCUCACCGGAUCUCGACGGCCUCACUCUCCACCCAUUGAAGACGAUUCGCCCCCAAUGGACAUGUCGGAAUUUCAGCCCUUGGCGGCGCCGUCUGGCACAACACCUCCCGACCCAAGACUGGGAUUCUCCACGCUGGCUUCCAUGUCGACAAGUCCCUCGACUCAGAGGACGGUCUGGGGCACUCCCGCCAUCUCAACAACUCCUGGGAUGGAAGACGUCCCAGUCCCAGUGCCCACCAAUGUUGAUGAUGGAUGGCUCAAGGAUGAGGAUCUCUUCCUCAGCCCCAGUGAGCUCGCCAGGCAAAUGGAGGCACUGAACACCAUUGAGAAAGAAGAGAAUGGACAGAGCAGCAGCAGUGCCCGCGGCAGCGGCAGUGGUGGUGGCGGUGGCAAGAAGAAGAAGAAGCAGAAGAUUACCCUUAUGAGCACUGGUGGGCGGCGUGGCGUCUAA